AAAGGAUCUACCCACAUUUCCAAAGUCCUCGGAGUCCUCAAGCCGCCGCACGGCGGUCACUUUCCCCUAUCGAUCGCCGCCGGUUGUGCAGAACAAAUAAUCGAUAUGAUCGAUUUGUUUUCAACAUCUAUGCUUCUAAUUCUUAUAUCGGGUCUUUUGCCAUUGGCGGCCGCUGCUAGCAGCGAUAAAGGAAACGACAAAUGUGGCUACUGUCACUUCCUUGUUGCCACAUUUGAAGCGGGUCUCCGGAGAACUGCUCGACAUCAUUUUGCCGGAGGUGAUACAGCUUGGGAGGAGCGGAAUUUGGGGAAGUACGCCACGAGUGAGACACGGUUCAUAGAGACGAUGGAAGAUGUGUGUCGGAAAAGUUCUUUGAAAGAUACCAGCCAGUUCAGCAGUCUUACGGACUUGGAAUCUAAGUGCGCUUUUCUUGUGGAGGAGCACGAAGAAGUCAUCGAGGAAUACUACUACAAACAUCAGUCGUCCAACAUGACAACCUGGCUAUGUGAUUCUCGGCUAAAAUUGUGCUGCCCUGAAGGACAAUACGGCAACGAUUGUAGCAAGUGUCCAGGACUUGAACAGUCGGGAUUGGCAUGCUAUGGCCAUGGGAAGUGCGAUGGUGACGGAACUAGGCGUGGAACUGGAAAGUGCAAAUGCGACCCCGGUUAUUCUGGAAAUAUGUGUAGACAAUGCGCUCUCGAUUUUUACGAAAAAUCCAGGACAAACAAGUCUGUGGAAUGUGAAAAGUGUUUCGAAGCAUGCGCCGCUGGAUGCACUGGGGCCGGUCCCAAGAAUUGUGUUCGAUGUCGGAGCGGUUGGACUAGUACUCCUGACGAAGGUUGUGUAGAUAUAAAUGAAUGUGAAACUGAAAACAAGUGCUCAAAACCGAAUGAGAAAUGCACAAAUACACCUGGUUCUUUCGAAUGUUCAUGUGUAGAUGGAUACAAGAGAGAUGGAUCAGAAUGUGUGCUGGAUAUAGAAGCUCAAAAGGAGGCUGAAGCUGAAGAAGAUGACAAGGACGAGGAUGCUGACGAACACCGAGAUACUCUGAAAAGUGAUGAAGACCAAGAUUCUCUGAAAAGUGAUGAUGACGGAUAUCCUCUGAAAAGUGAACUGUGA